UAUAUGUACCUCACAACGGGCCGGCUGUUUCCGCUUUGGUAUUGGGUGCACAUGACACUUUCAAUUCCAUAUUCUCUUUCUCUCUUUUCAACAGUUGAAAACAAAAAAAAAAAAGCCCAAGAAUUUGAAAAUAAUAUGACACCCUCGAGUACAAUGACCAGCUAGCUAAUCUCUCUCUCUCUCUCACACACACACAACGCACCUUGUUUCUGUCACUCAGUCCCAUUGUCUCUGUCAUUUCUAUUCUCUUUCUAAAAUUCUCUCUCUCUUCUCUGAGGUGGUAAUGGUGUUGGUGAAACCACAUUAAUUUCAAUAUGCAAGAGUAAUUACAUUGGUGCAAGAUCAAGUGAGAGACGAUGUUCAGGUUACACAGGCAGACCAAGCCAUCCAAAUCAGGAGAGAGAAUUGAUUUCAAAUUCUCCAAUUUUCAAGCCAAUAAGGUUCCGAAAGGAUGGGACAAGCUUUUUGUGUCUAUUAUCAAUGUAGAAACAGGGAAAACGAUUGCAAAAUCAAGUAAAGCACUAGUGCGGAAUGGAAUUUGUCAAUGGGCGGAGACUUUGUCGGAAUCUAUCUGGAUUUCACAAGAUGAUUCCUCAAAAGAGCUUGAAGAGUGUCUCUUCAAGCUUGUUGUUACCAUGGGAUCAGCAAGAUCCGGCAUCCUUGGAGAGGCUAUUGUGAAUAUGGCAGGCUAUAUGAGUUCAAGGAAUUCUGUUCCAAUUUUGUUGCCAUUGAAGAAAUGCAAUCAUGGGACAGUUUUACAAGUUAAAAUUCACUGCCUAACACCAAGAACAAAACUGAGGGAUGAAGAAUCAAAAGACUCAAUUUAUCAAAAGGAGGAUCAGAAUGCAGCUUCUCAAGAUGUGGAUAGCAAGUCAAACGGGUCUGAUAAUUCAUUUGCCAGGAGUGCUGGAUCUUCAUCAAGUAAAGAUUUGGGCUCUACCUCACAACCAAGAGAAGUUGAGAGCAGGGAAACAAGUUUCUCCGUAUCUGGUUCACAUCACAGUUUUAACUCUGCAGAGGAUUCUCUAGGUAGGGGAAGUGUCUCCUCAGGAAACAAUUUGAAAGUUGACAGGGGCAACCUGGCUGAAAGGCGAGAUUCAACCAGCUUCCAGAAUAGUUCACCUCAUGGAGAUUCUCCUGCCGAUGAUCAUUCUCAGUCAAAUCAAUCAUCAUUUAAUUCAAAGGUUACAGGUUCAGGAGAUGAUUCUCAGAACCAUUGGCAAGAAUUUGAGCAAAGUUCUUCACAUGUUAUUCCCUCAUCAUCUCUGAGAAAUGCUGAUUCCUCAAAAGACCUUCUGGAAGCUGCAGAAGAUACAAUUGAUGAGCUUCGUGCAGAAGCUAAGAUGUGGGAGAGACGUGCCCGGAAGAUAAUGCUUGAUUUGGAUAUAUUGAGAAAGGAAUUCUCUGAUCAGUCAAAGAAACAUGCAAACCUAAAUAUGGAGCUUUCAGCAGCACAUACAGAACGGGAUGGCUUUAAAAAAGAAGUUGAGCAACUAAAACUAAUAUUGGAGGAAUCAGUGGUGAAACAAACAGCCAUGGAGGAUUCAAAAUUUCAAUCAGAAGGUGCUGUCUGUAUUCAGAAGGAAUUGGUAAAUGAGAUGAAGUUUCAGCAAGAAUCAAAUGUUAAUUUGGCUCUACAGUUGAAGAGGAGUCAAGAAUCAAAUAUUGAGCUUCUUACCGUUCUUCAAGAACUAGAAGACACCAUAGAAAAGCAGAAAGUUGAGAUAGAGAAUCUUUCAGUGCUGCAGUUGAAAUUCAGUGAUAUGGAGCACUCUAUCCAAGAAAAUUUGGAGGAAAACAGAAUCCUGUCACUCCAACUGCAACAGUUGCAGGAAUCAGAGAACAAGUUGCACGUCAAUGUGCGAUUUCUUGAACAAGCCUUGGAGGACAAAAACAAUGAGAUAGAGAAUGAACGUUCUCUGAAUAACCAGGCCCUUCUGGAUAUCGAGACAGAAUAUAAGCGUAACUUAUCUGCUAAAGAAGAAGAAAUAGCCAGUUUGAAGGCAAAUUUGAGCCAAUCAGAUGAGACAGGGUUCACUAACAGAAGAAGCGUUGUGGAUCUGACAAGAGAAAUUGAGACCUUGAAAGAAAAGAUGGAGGAGCUGGAGAGUGAUUGUAAUGAGCUGACCAAUGAAAACCUGGAGCUCUUAUUCAAGCUUAAGGACUUGAAGAACAACUCAAUGAGAGAAUGCAAAUCUUUUGAUUCUUCAUCCAGUGAGAUUCAGGAUAAAUCUUCCACCAGUUCUGAGUCUGAGGUGUGCGACCUUAAGUCCCAAAUUGAUUUUCUGAAAGAGGGGCUCAAGAAGAGAGUGAUCGAGGAGGACCAGCUUGCUGCUUUUGAGACGUCUAAUGUAUUCCAUGAUUUGGUAAAACAGCUUCAGAUUGCUUUCUGUCAUAUCAAGAAACCAUGGUAUAGUAUCUUUCCUAAUCUAACUGACGAGUUUGAAUCUGAUCUAAAUAAUUUGGAGAACUUGAACAGUACAUAUAUGACUGCUCCGAAACAAUGGGCUGACUGCAUCUUGAAUUAUUUUGCUAAGCUGAACAAAUUAUUGGAAGUAAGGAUACAUGAGUGUGAAGAAAUUCUUAAAUGUAGUGAAGUUGAUGUUGCAGAUGCUCAAAAGAAGCUGGAAGAUUACAUUUUGAAAGAAAACAAUUUUCAUCUUUCCAUUCAAGAACUUGAGAGUUCAAAGAUAGAGCUAGAAGCUAAUCUGACCAAUCUCAGGAAGGAAAUGGCCGAAAAAAGAUCUGAGACAGAGAAACUUGAGCCCGAUUUGCUGUCAAAGGAAAAGGAAAUUAACUUUCUUAGACAGUGUCAGAAAGAACUAGAAGCUCAGAUUUCUGUUCUUCAUGAAGAAAAGAACCAGCUGGAAGAAAACAAGGAAAUUCUGCAGAGGGAAAGUAACAUCACGUCAAAAUGCUUGGAUGAUUUGCGAAAUGAUUUAAUGGUUCUUAGCACUAGUGUGGAUUCCCAUGUUUCAGCUAACAAUAUUCUUGAAAGGAAAUCUUCAGACCUAGAAAGUGCAAAAUGUGAAUUAGAGCUCCAUUUAUUGGAGCUGGAAGAAGAAAACGUGCAGUUAUUGGAACGCAUAUCUGACUUAGAAGCUCAACUGAGGUGUAUGACGGACGAGAGGGAGUCUGCUCGAGUAGAACUGGAGAAUUCCAAAUCUGCUGCUAUAAGUCUCCAAAGUGAUAUCAGAAAAUUGGAAAUUGAGAUGGAGACACAAAAAUUGGAUCUCGAACAUAAGUUGCAGGAUAUGCAAAAUCAAUGGUCAGAAACUCUAGAGGAGCGUGAAUAUCUGAAAAUAAAAUUUCAGAAAUUAGUAGCAUCUGCUGAGAGUCUUUCUGAAGAAUGCAACACUCUUCAGAAAUCAAAUAGAGAAUUGGAGAAUGAAAAAUUGGAAUUGCAUGAGUGUUGUACACAUUUAGAGGCUGAACUGAGGGAAUCACGAAAGAGUUUUUCUGAUUGCUCUAAACAAGUUGAAGAUUUAGAAGGAAGAUUUUCUUUCAUGCUUGAAGAUUUUGCUUCAAAAGAGAGUAGCCUAACUUCAGAAUUAAAUGGACUUCUUCAUGAAAACAUGGAACAAAAGGAGAAACUUGUUCUGGGAGAAAAUCUAUUUAAUAAGAUGUACUUGGAAAAGUCAACUGAAGUUGAGAACCUUCAGAGGGAGGUAGAAAACCUCACCAAGCAAAUAUCUGCUACUCAUGAUGAAAGAGAGAGAUUAGCCUCUGAAGCUAUUCAUGAAGUAUCAAGUUUACUUGUUGAUAAAGCGAAACUGGAAUCUGAUCUUCAAGAAGUUCAAUGUAAAGUUAUGUUGAUUGACAGUGAACUUGGUACAGUCCGGAUGGAAUCGGAUCUAAAGGUACAGGGUUUGAUGGUUGAGCUUGCUGCUUCCAAUCAAAGCCGUGAAAUACUUGUGGCUGACCACGAGAAAAUGUUGAAGUUGUUAGGAAAUUACAGGUCAAGUGAAGAGAAACUUAAGACAGCUUUGAAUGAUCUUGAACUAAAGCUUACUGUUUCUGAAUAUGAACGCCAACAACUCAUUGAAGAAACUGCCAAUUUGAAGGUUCAGUUGCAAAAAGUAGCACAACUUCAGGAUGAAAUUUUGGCUUUAAAGAAUGAGCUCAAUGCAUCUAGUAUUGAAAAGGAAAAAUUGGAAGCUUCUUUGAGUUCGCUAUUUGGAGAUUGUGAAGAAUUGAAGGCUGAAAAGAUCUCUAUCUUGGAUAAAGUUUCUAGCUUGCAGAAUGCCAUGUCCGAGUUGGAGGACUGCAAACGCAAGAGAGUUUCCUUAGAAGAAAAGCUUCUACAGAUGAAGGGUGAUUUAGAAGCAAAAGAGGCCCUGUGCUCUCAGGAUGCUGAGCUGAAAAAUGAGCUUAGCCGAAUCAAGAAAUCAAACAAGCAAUUUCAGCAGAAUAUAGAGAAACUUCAGGAAGAGAAGGAUGAAUGCCUGAAAAGAGCUCAAGCGCUUGAGCAGGAGCUGAAGUUGCUGGAGGAGAAACAGGAUCGAAGCAAGUCCAGGAGUAAAAAGGUUGAGAUGGUGAAGAGCAACAAUCAUCGUGACAACAGAAAUAAGCCAUUUACGAAAUCUGAUCAAACACAAGAACUUCAAACAGGUCAAAAGAAUUCCUACAGCGACCGACAUAAAAGAAAGGGUGACAAGUAUAGUAACCAUGAUGGAAGUCCUAAUGCUGUUGAAGUGGAUCAUGUAGCAAAGAUACAGGUGCUUGAGAAUGAGCUUUCUGAGGCUUUAGAGGCAAAUAACAAGUAUAAAAUUCAGCUUCAGAGAUUUUUGUCCGAGGAGCGAAACCUUCAUGCAGGUACCCCCAAGAAAUCCACAGCUGAAGGUGAAGUAGUGGCUAAAGAAAGAUUUGAACGGACAAAGUCAUCUCUGGAGUCAGAGUUAAGAGACCUUCGUGAGCGUUACUUCAACAUGAGUCUCAAAUAUGCUGAAGUAGAGGCUCAGCGUGAGGAUCUUGUGAUGAAGCUCAGAGAAAAGAAUGGAAAGAGGUGGUUCUCAUGAAUCAAUGGCCUUUCCAAGUGAGUUUUUUCUAUAUAUAUAUAUAUAUAUAUAUAUCUCAGGUAGAUUCAUCCACGAAUGUAUUCAUUAUAUCAAAAAGUUUCUAUACAUAUUCAUGUUUGAGAAUAAAUAAUUGUGGGAUGUGGGUAAUAAAUUUGAUAGGCGACAGGGAAGGCUAAUUGUAUGUAAUGGAAACCUUAAGCUUCGGCUUAUAGAAUGUGAGCCCAUGCCAGAUAGCAAUAUGUACCAUAUAAAUAGAAGAAUAAUGCAAUUUUUCAACUUUUUCUCUGAAUUAUGGGUGAUCAUUCUAAUAACAACUAUCAGAA